AUGAUUAUACUAUUGUGUAUAUUAAUAUUUCUUUGUAACAUAUUAAAUAUUGAUGGUUCAAAAUGUUACUCAGAAAAUACUCGUUACAUAAGAAAUAAUACUGCUAAUUUUAAUUCAUUACAUAUGUAUAGUUUUCAUGUUAUACCAAAAAAUUAUUACUCAGCUCGAUAUGCUACAGUCAAAGGUUUUAUGAUUGCUUAUUGUAGUAAUAAAUAUACAAGAAAUCCAAAAAAAGAAUAUUUACUUGCUAAUAUUAAUGGAAAAAAAUACAAAGGUCGUGUAACAUUUAUUGAAUAUUCUUUUUGUAAUGUUAAACGUCUUAAUUGUAAAUUAGAAGUAUUUUAUGUUAAUUUUAAUAUUCCAAGAAAAUUAUUAUCUGGUAAAGAAUAUAUUAAUAUUAUUGAUAAUGGAUCUAAAAAAAGACAAACAUUUAAACUUUCAUCUGAAGCAGCUAAUAGUCCAAUUUAUGAUGGUAUUACUGUUUGUACACCAACACUUUAUUGGUAUAAUAAUUGGCUUCAAAUGUUUACCUUUUUAGAAUAUUGGAAAAAACAAAAAAAAGCUCAUAUUGUUAUUCAUUAUAGAGGAAUGUCUUCAACUGUUUUUAAACUUAUUAAUUCUUAUAGUAAAUAUAAUUUAGUUACAUUAAUACCAACACCAGCAUUACCAAAACAACAUGGAAGAGAUAUAGAACCAUAUAUUUUUGGAUUUGGUAGUAAAAUUUAUUUAAAUAGUUGUAUGUAUAGUAGAAAUACAAAAUAUGUAUUAGCAAUGGAUUCUGAUGAAUAUAUACAUUUUUUUAAAAAUAAAAGUCAAAGUAUAUAUGAUUUUGUUGAAAAAGAAUUUAUAAAAAAACCAGAAUUAACUUCAGUUAAUUUUAGAAAUGUAAGAGCUUCAUAUACACAUAAAAAUAUUACUGAAACAUUUAAAUUUGCUCAAACAUAUUAUUAUUAUAAAGAUACAAUAAAUAAAGAAGGUAAAUCAGUUGUAAGAACAAAUAAAGUUGAUAUGAUUGGUUAUCAUCUUCCAGUUGGUCUUAGUUCAAAAGAUUCUUAUAGGAUUAGUUCAAAUAUAGCACUUGUUUUACAUGCAAGAUCUAAUUAUGUUACUGUUAAUAUUAAAGGAAGAAAAAAGAAACUUCCAAUUGCAUUACUUUUUGAUGAAGAUGAACGUUUAACACUUGUAAAAAAUUAUAAAGAUAUUAAAGAAAAUGUUAUGAAUGGUACACUUAAUUUUGAUUAUAAUGUAAGAAUUGCUAAUAGUUUAAAACUUACUGAUCGUGUAAAAACAAAAAAUUUUAUAUGUUAUUUUGAUUAUGAAGAAAGUAAAAAGUUUGUAUCAAAAUUAGAAGAUUGGAUAUAUGGGGAAGAUCAAUGUAGUAUGGAAAGAAUAUAUAUACCUUUUUAA